AAUUGUCAUCCUCCAGUCUCAAUUGGAGACUAUUUUGUAGUAAGAGAAAUCCUUAAAGAGAAAAACAAAAACAAAAAUAAUAAAAACAACAACAAACAAAACAACACAACAACAAUACCACACACACACACACACACACACACACACACACACACACACACACACACACACAGAAAAUUAGCUGUAGCCAAUCUAGAAUAGAGUCAGCCACGGAGGGCUCUGUCCACUUGCUUGAUUCUACGAACCCUUCUGGACCCAGACAACCUUUAGUCACAGAGAAGAUCGAGUGUGUGAUUCCUUAAAGGAGCCCUAAGACCACAACUGCAUGGAAAAUGUGUCUGUCUCUUUAAGCAUCAUCAUCUGGCCUUUCUCUCAGUUUCCUGAUCUCUAAGACCCAGGCAGCCUAGCAACUUCCUCUAUGCUCAGCCCUGGGACUGAGAGAUUUCGGCACUCACAAGUGAAGGGAAGGCAAGACUGGGGCUUCUCUGGGCCACUUCAGAGACUGUCAGCAAGAAAGGAAUGAGCACAUGAAUGAGAAAACCAAAACUGAGAGCCUUCUAAGAAGCAUGGGGGGAAGGAAGAUGGCAAGAGAUGAGGAAGGAGCCUAUGGCUCAGAGGACUCCAGGGCCCCGCAGGAGCCCCAGCUGAGGCUCAUCCUGGUGGGCAGGACUGGGGCCGGCAAGAGUGCCACCGGCAACAGCAUCCUGGGCCAGAAGUGCUUCCUGUCCAGGCUGGGAGCGGUUCCUGUCACCAGAAGUUGCACCUUGGCCAGCAGAAGGUGGGCCGGUUGGCAGGUGGAGGUGGUGGACACCCCGGACAUCUUCAGCUCCGAGACCCCGCGGACCGACGACGGGUGCGUGGAGGCAGCCCGUUGCUUCGUGCUGUCGGCUCCCGGGCCGCACGCGCUGCUGCUGGUCACCCAGCUGGGUCGCUUCACAAAGCAGGACAGCCAGGCGCUGGCCGCGGUGAAAAGGCUGUUCGGGAAGCAGGUGGUGGCGCGCACUGUCGUGGUGUUCACGCGAAAGGAGGACCUGGCUGAAGACUCCCUGGAGGAUUACGUGAGCUGCACGGACAACCGUGCGCUGCGGGACCUGGUUGCCGAGUGCGGGGGCCGCGUGUGCGCCCUCAACAACCGCGCCACAGGCAGCCAGCUCGAGGCUCAGGCUGAGCAGCUGCUGGGCAUGGUCGCGGGCUUGGUGAAGGAGCACGGGGGCGCGCACUACUCCAAUGAGGUGUACGAGCUGGUGAAGGACGCUCGGUGCGCUGACCCCCAGGACCAAGUCGCCAAGGUGGCAGAGAUAGUGGCUGAGCGCAUGCAGAGGCGCACCGGGUUGCUAGCUGGGCUGUGGAGAUGGCAGAAACCCUACUGGAAGGGCUGGAGACUGGGUAUGACUGUUUUCCUGGGUGUGACCUUCUUGAUCUACCUGCUGCUCUACAGAAAGGCCUUUGGGGACCAGAAUAACAGACAAAGCUGGUCUGAGAAGAUAAAAGGGAGGCUGUCUUCCACUUGUCUGCAUCAGGCUCCCAGGACUGUGCAUUCAAACACCCCCACAGGGGAAAUGAGUCGUGCAGGGCGGCUUUCCACAGGAUGUGGCCAUUUACUAAAGCAGUUUCACCGUGUUCUGGCGGAUACUCAAGGCCUUUUCAGGGUAGAGUGUGUGCUGUCACCGUGGGUUUUCUUCUUUUCCUGCCUUCGGACUCUGGAUUCGUGGCUCUACAAGUGGCUGUUCUGUGAGAGCCUCGCUCAGCAGGCAGAGGCCCACUGCCUGCCUGUAAGGGUCGGCUUGGGUAAGGAGGAACCCCACCACAGCCACUUGGGAGAUGGGGAGCUGCUGUACACUCGGAAGAGAAUGGAAGACCUUCAGAAGAGCACAUAUGGAACUGUAGUUGAAGGACAAGAAGCCACUAGCUGCCUGAGGAUCCUCCUGGUGGGCAAAUCUGGCUGCGGAAAAAGUGCCACAGGGAACAGCAUCCUCCGCCGACCAGCGUUUGAGUCCAGGCUCAGUGGCCAGUCUGUGACCAGGACCAGCCAGGCAGAGAUGGGCACAUGGGAGGGGAGGAGCAUCCUACUGAUAGACACGCCCCCCAUCUUUGAGUCAAAGGCCCAGAACCAAGACAUGGACAAGGACAUUGGAGACUGCUACCUGCUGUGUGCCCCAGGACCCCAUGUGUUGUUGCUGGUGACCCAGCUGGGACGCUUCACAGCUCAAGAUGCCAUGGCUGUGAGGAUGGUGAAGGAAGUCUUUGGGGUAGGGGUCAUGAGGCACAUGAUUGUCCUCUUCACCCGCAAGGAAGACCUGGCAGAUACAUCCUUGGAGGAGUUUGUGACCCACAGUGACAAUCGCAACCUGUGCAGCCUGAUUCGGGAGUGUGGGAGGAGGUACUGUGCCUUCAAUAACAGGGCCUCUGGGGAGGAGCAGCAGAGGCAGCUGGCCAAGCUCAUGGCCCUGGUGAAGAGGCUAGAACAGGAGUGUGAGGGCUCCUUCCACAGCAAUGACCUCUUCACUUAUACUCAGGUGUUCCUUAGAGGUGGCUACAGUGAGCACCAGGAACCAUACAGGUAUUACCUGACCAAGGUGAGGCAGGAGGUGGAGAAGCAGAAGCGGGAGCUAGAGAAGCAGGAGGGCAGCUGGAUAGCUAAAAUGCUUUGCACCUUCGAGUCCUGCUCAAACUCCUGGACUGCAGUAUCUGUUCUUCUUAUUGUGCUUGGUUUGACCCUUCUCAUCACUUUAAUUACCUUGUGUAUUAGCAGGUGGAAAUGAGCCUUUCCAGGUGAUUUCUGCCAUCAUCCCUGUCCCCCAAAGCCCCCUAUCUUGUGUCAGGGAACCUCAGUCUUCAAUUAAUUUCACCCUCAUUUGAUACCCAUGGAUCAGACAUGUCAGGAAUCUUCUUCUAAAUACCAUUAGAUAAAUAAAGGAUGAAAGGAAAAUGUAUUUCUCUCUUUGUUGAAGUUGGGAGGAUAGAUGAUGAAGCAGGUAGUAGACUAGAGGUCUAGGGGCUUGGACUGUGUGGCUGUGGGUUUGUCUCUCCUUGGGCCCUACUUCCUACAGAUGUGAUGCCAAGAGGAGAAACACACAAAGCUCAGAGCAGAGUCGUAUUUUAGUCAUAAGUAUACCCUGACCUCACAGUACCAAUAAAGCGUGAACUCCAUCAUCACACCACCCCUGAAAAAGAUACAGACAGUAUGCAUGGAGCAGAGGACUCUGAAGGUAUAGAAGAUACUGAGGCCAGGACAUGAGUGAGGACCGAACAAAAGAGACAGGAAUGGGGUGGGUCUUACCCCAGAAAAACCAGGGUCAGCAGUCAAGAAUCACAGGAACCAGAAAGUCUAUGAUCAGAGAUACAAAGGGCCAGAGGUGUGUAAAAUUGUGUGGUGGGCAUCAUAGGCCCUCAACAACACAUGCAGGCAAAAGACGCUAUGAUCAAGAUCCAUAAACCUGAUGAGCACUGAGUUUUGAAUUAUAUGUAAUUUUCAUGUGUGAAGCUAGAGCAUUGUUUGCCUGAAUCCUUCAGCCAUAAAAAAAAAAAAAAGACAAAGAUGUGUUGGAGGACUGGUGCAGGAAUUAUGAUCAUAUACUGCUCUUCUAGAAAACUGGAGAUUGAUUGUAUCCCAGCACCCAUACCUGGGAUCUCAUAACAACCUGUAAUUCCAGCUCUGGGUGAUCCCUUUUGGUCUGCACUGCAUUCACACAUGCACACCUCCAUAAAGACACAAAUAUAUGGCUCAGUGGGCAAAGUACUUGACAAACAAGUGUCUACAUAAAAUCCAAGCUCAGUGGCAUACAUCUGUAAUUCCAGAACUAGGCGAGAAGGGAGACAGACAGAUCUCAGGGACUCUCUGGUCAGCCAGUCUAGUGGAAAAGGUGAAAUCCAGGCUUGGUGAGAUACAAGUGAAAGAAUUUUAUGGAAAUUGUGAAACAGAGAAAGAAACUGAAGAAAACAUCAGAAGAUGAAAGGGUUGGUCAUAUUCAAGAAUUAAUAUCAUGAAAAUGUCAAUAUUGUCGAAACCAACCUACAAAUUAAAUACAAUAUUUGUUUAAAUGUCAGUGUCAUUCUUCAAAGAAAUAGAAAAAAAGAACCCUAACAUUUCUAUGGAUGCUCCUGGGGAGCACCAAGAGAACCCAGGGGACACAAGAGAUCCCAGAUAGAUAAAGAGUGAUCUUGACCAAAGAGCAAUGCUGGGGGGAUCACCAUCAUGAGUUGAAAUAAUAUUACAGAGACAUAGUAAUGAUAUCAACAAAGACAAAAUCAGAGACACAGAUAAAUUGAAUAGAGGCCCAGACACUCAUCCACACAGGUGAAGCCAUGAGACUUUUGACAGAGAUGCAAAAAAUAUAUAUUAGAGAAAAGACAGUAUGGGCAGGUGAUAACUAAGCCUUUGCUAGAUCCCUGAGGACAGGCCAGCUGAGUCACUCUACAACUAACAACUGCCUGUUGAAUGAUAUGGAAAGAGCCGUGAAAUUGUCCAGGAAUAGAGGGACUAAGGAGAGGAGAAAGGGUAGGUAGAGCAUGUGGGGAACCAUCAAGCCAAAGCUCAGCUGGAGCAGAGAAGAUGCAGCAAAGCAAACUCCACCCAUAGCUUUGCUUUUGUUCUCUUUGUAAGAAAUAAAAGGGAAGGGUUGAAGCUCAGAUCUGAGGCACCAGGAGGCCCUGAGCUACUUUACACUUCUGUGAGGAGACUGACAUGAAACCAGGUUUAACAACACCUUCGUAGAAAGAACAAAGGUAACACUACCACUGCUUCCUGUACGGCUUCUGUAUAGGGGCUGUGUUCCUCGGCUUAGGCUGAUGGAAUGGGGGCUAUUGCCCCUAGGUGCUUACCAACAGUCUCUUGGGCAGGACUACUCAUGUGAUGCCUUCGGCCAAGCAACAGGUGACACGUCAUUCCUCCAAAUUGAGAGCCUUAAACUGCUGCCAUCUCAGAAUCCAGCCUGGGGAGAAAGAGGAGGGGAAGCAAGAGUAGGGACAUUGUUUCUCAAGCCUUUUUGUUCAGACGUUAUUCCCUCUCCAGUGCUUUCUCUAGUCUGAACCCACACAGCUCCAGGAAAAUGACUGUCAGCUUGCUGUUUCCCAUCUGCACCCCUUUCCCACUCUGUCCCCUUCAGAGUAUUUUAUUCUGGGCCACCAUCCUCUCAGGACAGCACUGUGUCCUGUACCAGCCCACUAGGAGCCAGUUGUCAGCCUACCCCACCCACCACUCCUAUCAGUCCUUUUGUUUAUUUUUAAGAAGUCAGUGGAUCGAUGGAUCGAUGGUGUGUGUCGGGCAUUUCUGGCCCUUGGUUGAACCUUGGAGCUUCCCCAUGCCCUUCUAUGAGGCCUUCCCCUGGCAGUGCUUCCCUCGUGCAAGGCUGGAAGAAACCAGAAGAGGGCAUGUGCAAGCCACACUUGGAAGCACUGUGAGGAGGUCACAGACUUGGGUGUUGGCCUUGUGCAGAUUGUCAUUUGACAAAAGUGAUAAUACCAUUCUUUCUUUCCCAUAUCCUUCACCACAGCAUCUUGAAAACAAACUGUCUCUGAUCGGAAAAAUGUGUCAUGCUGUUAUAAGGAAAAACCACGGUGCAAUAGUCAUGGGGUCUUUUCCAUGAAUAAAAUCUUUACUGCUUGUAGCUUC